AUGAAAUCAGAAAUAUCUUGCAAAGAUGGAAUGAUAGAAUCAAAAAGUAGUGUUCCACCAACAUUGUUAUCAAGUAUAAGGAGUGUACUUUUUGUUAUCGGUACUGUUAUAAUUGGCUUUGCUGCAUUUUGUAAUUCAUUAACUUGGCACUUACAGAGAUUUUGGGGUGCAUCAGGCGACUUUUGGCAAGCACAAUGGGAUAAAAUCCUUGAUAAAUUUGGCGAUGAUCCUCAAACUCUAUGGGUUUACGGUUCCUUAUCAUUGACAUUUGUUGUCUACUGGCUAUUUGGAGGAAUUUAUACGAUUUUAGACAUAUCGAACCGUCCUGGUGCAUUACGACGCUAUAAAGUUCAACCUGGAACCAACGAGCCUGUUGAUACACGAGCAUUGCUCAAAGUAAUCGCCCAAGUGCUAUUCAAUCAAAUCGUCGUGGGUCUUCCAGUUGUAUACUUGAGUUACUAUCUAAUGGAAUGGCGAGGGUAUCCACCAGUCCGUGAAUUACCAACUUUUCAUUGGGUACUGGUUGAAAUAGCUAUUCACAUUCUAUUCGAAGAGAUUGGUUUCUAUUAUUCACACAGACUACUACAUGGUCGUUAUUUAUAUAAAUAUAUCCACAAGCAACAUCACCAAUGGACAGCACCUAUCGCCGUGACUGCAAUUUAUUGCCAUCCAUUGGAGCAUAUUGGAUCGAAUUUAGUUCCACCGUUUAUUGGAGUAUUUCUUGUUGGCUCUCAUGUUGCUACAGCUUGGCUCUGGUUUUCUCUCGCUAUCUUGUCAACUUUGAACGCACAUUCUGGUUAUCAUUUGCCGUUUUUUCCAUCACCAGAAGCACAUGAUUUUCAUCAUUUAAAAUUUAAUCAGUGUUAUGGAGUUUUAGGUGUACUAGAUCGUCUUCAUGGUACUGACACCCAAUUUCGCAAUUCACGAGCUUGUACGCGGCACGUUAUGAUGUUAAGUCUUGUACCUGCGAGAGAAGCAUUUCCAGAUGAUGAAAUUAAGUACAAUAAAUCCAAAUAA